UAAUUUUGUUUUGUUCUUAUUUCCAGGGUCUUCUAGAGUUAAGGGGUAAUCAGACUCAAAUUGGAAUUAAAAGAAUGGGAGAGAUUGAUAUAAAGCCCUUCCAAAUUGCUUGCAGAAGUAAAUUUCCAUCUGAAGAAGUAGAAAUGAAAGUUGCAGAGCUAUAUACCUUAUGGCAAGAAAAGAUGACAAACCCCGAAUGGCAUCCAUUUAAAGUCAUUAUGAAUGCUGACGGAGGACAUCAGCAAAAUAUUGAUGAAGAUGAUGAACAACUCAAUGGUUUAAAGGAAGAAUAUGGAGUUGAGGUGUACGAAGCAGUUGUCGUAGCAUUAAAAGAAACGAAUGAAUACAACCCUAGUGGAAGUUAUGUAAUUCCUGAACUUUGGAACUAUAAGGAGAAUAAAAAAGCUAAGUUGAAGGAUGUUGUUGCGUACAACCACAGGAGAAUGAAAGAUUUGAAACGCAGACAAAGGAGGUGAAAUUGUAAGGUUAAUUUUUUGUUCUUAGAACUUAAGCAAACUUAUUUUUUAAAGGGGGCACAUGAUUUGGUUGCUCCUUUUUAACUUAGGAAAAUUUUGGUUGAUAUUGGAUUUUGAUAUUUUCAAUUAUCUUCUUCUGAAACUGUAUUACUGAAUAGGCUAAUUUGAAAUUUAAUAAUUUUAUUUUCUGGUAUU